AGGACAUCGCUGUUUCUAUAGUGAAUGACAUUUGCGCACCGGCUACCCCGAAAUAGAGAGGAAUACCUGGCUUGGAUGUCUAUAUUCCACUGAGAAAGCUGACCUUCAGAAAGCUGUAAACAUCUCUUAUUGCGUGUGGCAACAGAACCUGAAGACAAGCUGAUUGGUUGGACAAGGGAGCAGAGAGCUCUGGUUGGCUGUUGGAGAACCAUUAAACACCCACACUGUCAAUAGUGAGACCCAAAUAGUGGGUAUAUAGGCAGGUGUAUUUGUAGCUUGAUGCAACAGACUCAAAAUAUCAUCAAGUUGAAAAUUCCCCUCUAUUUUGGGACGACUCUUUUCUAUUCUCUUUCUCUUGUGCGAGCUUAACACUUUAAGGGGACCAUGGUUAUGUUGAAGAUCUCCGCAUUUCUUGUUGCUUACGCUCUGAUUCUUUGCCAGAUGUACAGCUCUAACGCAGCUCCAGCCAGGCCUGUACUAGAAUCGUCACAAGAUGGAACUACACUUACCGACUAUGAAGCGAGAAGAUUGCUUAACGCGAUUGUCAAAGAAUUUGUGCAAAUGACAACAGAGGACAUGGAGCAACAAGCUACAGAAGAAAACAGCCUGGGUAGACCAGUGUCCAAGCGCUGCUCCAGUCUCAGCACUUGUGUGCUGGGGAAACUGUCCCAGGAGCUGCACAAACUGCAGACAUAUCCACGCACCAAUGUAGGAGCGGGCACACCGGGCAGGAAGCGCAGUCUGGAAGAGAGCGAUGCAUUUGCUGGAUACGGAGACACACUAAAUCGUAUCUAAUCUGCGACUGCUGUAACCCAUGCUUGGCCUGAUAUGCAAGUGCAUGUGGAAUGUUUGCCUGACUGACUUGAAAGAACUUUUGUUUUCUACUUUCUU